AUGGAGGAGGUCAGAGAUGAUGAUGGAGGAGGUCAGAGAUGGAGGAGGUCAGUGAUGAUGAUGGAGGAGGAGGUCAGUGAUGGAGGAGGAGAGCAGGACUGCGGCCGGUACCGGGACGGAACCGUUAACAGGUCAGACACAGAGCCGCGUCACGUCACGUUUGAGGAACCGAGGACCGUGACCGUGACAGGUGGGGGGGGGGGGGGGGGGGGGGGGGGGGGGGCGAUGCGUCUGUCCGAGGGCUACAGCUCCAUCCGCAGCAUCACCUGUUGGGGUAGAUGGAUAUCAUGGCCGUGUUUGGAGUUGGCUCAGGACUAA